CGAGAGAUAGCUAUUAUGAAGCUCAUCGAACAUCCGCAUGUUUUGGGGUUGUACGAUGUUUAUGAGAACAAGAAAUAUCUGUACUUGAUUUUGGAGCACGUAUCGGGUGGAGAACUGUUCGAUUACCUCGUGAAGAAGGGCCGUCUAACGCCCAAGGAAGCCCGCAGGUUCUUUCGCCAAAUCAUAUCAGCGCUCGAUUUUUGCCAUAGUCAUUCCAUCUGCCAUCGGGAUCUGAAGCCGGAGAACCUUCUGCUAGACGAAAAGAACAAUAUUCGGAUAGCAGACUUCGGGAUGGCCUCCUUGCAGAUGGACGGCUCCAUGCUCGAGACGUCCUGCGGAUCCCCCCACUACGCAUGCCCGGAAGUCAUACGGGGAGAAAAAUACGAUGGCCGGCGUGCUGACGUUUGGAGUUGCGGCGUCAUACUAUAUGCUCUUCUAGUAGGUGCUCUCCCAUUCGACGACGACAACUUGCGUCAGCUGCUGGAGAAGGUGAAGCGGGGGGUGUUCCACAUCCCCCACUUCGUUCCCCCGGAGUGCCAGGACUUAUUGAGAGGCAUGAUCGAGGUCUGCCCCGAGAAGAGAAUGACUCUGGCCGAAGUAACGAGGCAUCCUUGGGUGAUAGCGGGAAGUAAAUCGGAAUUAGAACUCGAACUCCCGAUGAAGGAAGCGGUGCAGACUCAUAUCAUUCCUACCGUAGAAGACCUGGAUCCCGAUGUCUUGUCAAGCAUGACGUCCCUAGGUUGUUUUAAAGAUAAAGAAAAAUUAGUACAAGAAUUAUUAAACACAACACAUAACACAGAAAAAGUCGUCUAUUUCCUGUUACUAGACAGGAAACGGCGGAAACCCGCGUACGAAGAUGAAACGGAAGUAAUCAUCAGGAAUAGAUCCGAAUCGGCUUUUUCUUCUGCACUGCCUCUCCCACCAGAUCCACCCAGGAAAAGGGUGGACACAUGUCAGAUCAAUGGAAGAUCGGGUCCAAGUGACUGUUUGUACAGUUUUGAAAUGUUAAGUGACGGCUCUCCAUUAACACCCAGGAGAUAUCCAUAUGGAAGGAGUCGCCGAAGCAGCCUAUCGAGCAGCCUGCACGUAUCCAGCAGCAGCAGCCCGGCUGUGAGUCCGCUCAGUUCACCUAAACCCACGCCUAGGGGCACCCCUGAAGAGAGUAGCCCCCUCAACACACCUCCAGGUUCUCCUAGUAUGAACCAGCCCUACUGGAAGUCCCGCCUCAAUACCAUUAAAAGCAGCUUCCUGGGCAGCCCGCGCUUCCAUAGAAGAAAAAUGCAAACUCCAUCUGCCUCCGAUGAAGUGAGCCUAACGCCAGACUCCUCGCCAGAGUUGACGAAGCGCUCCUGGUUCGGCAGCCUAAUGACCAACGAACGGGAUGAGACGCACGUGAUACUCGUCAAAGAUCGGCCUCUGAGCUCGGUCAAAGCAGACCUCAUCCAUGCCUUCCUCUCGAUUGCAGACUUGUGCCACAGCGUCAUCUCUCCGAUGUCGUUCCGGGUGGAGUACAAAAGGGCCGGGGGUCCAACGAUGUUCCAGAGGAAUGUCCGCUUCCACGUGGAUAUAGCGCUGGUCAGUGCGGGCACCCACGACGGACCCCUCAGUGCUGUAGAGCGGAGAAGCAGCACUGACAAGCCCGCCGUCUAUUGCAUCUCUUUUACGCUCAUCUCCGGGCCGAUCCGACGCUUCAAGCGCAUUUGCGAGCACAUCCAGGCGCAGAUCCUGGGCCGCCGUCCUAACCACUCGCCCCGGAUCAGCCGCCGCCCGACCGCCGAGUUGAGCGAGAGCAGUUCCUGCGGCUCGGAGAGCAUGAGCCCCACCCCUUCCAGGUACCAGGUCUCGGUCGUCAACGACGACAUGGUCGUGGGCGCGACUGCGCACGGGCACGGACCGGCUGCCUCGGCCGCCAUGUCCCGAUGCAAGUCGGACCAGGACGCCACGGCGGACAUCUUCGAGAGGGAGGCCAAGAUGGUGACGACCUCCCACCGGCGUGCCGCCCCCGAUGACGUCAGGCCGCUGCUCAACGGGCGGCGGAUGAGCUACGACCUCAAGAACCCUUCGAAGGACAAACUCUGAUGGCCUCAGAGGGACUGCUCGUUCAGGAAAAUCAGCUCUUUCAGAGGUUGAAGAACAACGACAGAACAGGAUCAUUUGUUUCGUUUCGGGAAACACGGGCUCGUUGUUGUUCCUCGGUGAAGAUCGGAACUCUUUUACUGGCAUCGUAUGCUAAUUAUAUAGAUAUCGUAUGCUAUACUAAUAGGAUUCGCGCUCUUGAGGGCCUUUGCCCCGCGUCUGAGCAGCUUGAGUUGGUCAUGUAGUAUCAUUUGGAAGUUACACUGAGGUGACGAACAAUAGCCCAUAAGGUUCUGUACAUAGCAAAUUUUGCCUGCCAAAAUACAAUGUCAGAAAGAUUGUACAUAACGACACAUAUAUGAAUUUUACUGGGAUUGAACAAUAUUUAAACUAAUUACACGUAAAAGGAAAGCCGAAACUACCCGAUUCAACACCUGAAACUAUCAGGUUCACAUCCCAAAUCUCUGAAUAAGAACCUCGCACACGUGGGCUAAUGUUUCUCACUUCCUUGUAUAAACCAUGUUCCCCAAUGGUGGUUAAAAGAAGGGUCAACAAAUAGUAGGUACGUAUCGAACA